AUGAUAAAUAGGACAACUUGGACCUGGCUCAGUGCAAAAAAUAAGUUCUGGCUGUCUGGUCUUUCUCUCAAAGAUGGUGGCGGGACCUAUCCAGGAGGUAGGAGGGGCUGUGGUAAGUCAAUACACUAGUCAUGAUAACACUUCAGCUGUAAAACCCUCCACAGCAUGGUUGCCUCCCACUCGCCUCUUCAAUGCACAGAGUACAGAAUGCCCCUGAGGCUGUCGCUGACAGAGAUACCAAGACAGAGUGGUGAGAAAGGGGGUGGGCCAGGAAAUAGACCCUCAGUCAAAGCAGCAGGCUUGACUCGCUCAUUUAUACUGUCACACACUCAGGGAGCAGGACUGAGACUGGUCCUCAACGUAACCCCAAUGAGCUUCAUGUGAACUACAUGUGCUCUGCAAUUACUGGACCAUCUGUGGAACUGAGAUCAAAGACAGGACUAAUUGUAAGGAUACUUCAAGUCAAUCCAGGAAACAACAACUUUUUGUAAAUGCUUUGAUAAGUAAGUUGGAAAAUAAGUUUGUUUUUCUUCAGUGGGAUAAAAUGCAAGUGGAUGCCAACAGGAUUCUAACAGGAUUCUAACAAUCUUCAGCUGUUUGUGGAUGUGUCCAUAUGGUAUUACUCAAGUCAAACCAGAGGGAAGGACAUUGUGACUUGAAAUUCUGGAGUUAGUAGAACUUCUAACCUUGGGGCAAGAAUCCUGUGGGGUGGCCGGGGAAAAGGGCAAGAGGAAGGGGGAGGAGGAGAAGUGCUUGGGGUCUGGCUCCAGUCUCUGGAGAGAAAUGCCUUCAACAUGAGCUAACCCCACCACAGAAUCUAGCACGCUUUGUUGAGGAAUGCCACAGAGAAGCGUUUGAUCGCUUGCAGUUUUGAACUGCCAACAGAAGAAGCGCAUUAAAGAGAUAUAUGUUCCCUUGAAGGCAAGAGUGUCUUGUGGUUUGAAGCUAUCCCGUCUGUUGCCCAUGCUUUGUCUGCCCCUGUUGAAUCUUGAAUUGAGGGAAAUCCUCUUAUUGUGUAGCCUUUGCCUGACUGCCACCCCAUAGCGUCCCUUUGUUUCUCAGCGAGAUGUACAACACUACGUCUCUGAUGGACAGCUUAGCCCAGAAAUGGGGCACCGGGGACAAUAAUUCUUCUCUGCAGUUGAGCAACAUCACGCAUUGCCCAAAGAAUGACAUCUUCAAGUAUCCACUCUACAGUAUAGUGUUCAGCAUUGUCUUCAUGGUUGGUCUUAUCACCAAUGUUGCAGCCAUGUACAUUUUUACUUGUUCGCUGAAACUGCGGAAUGAGACCACAACGUAUAUGAUGAACCUAGUGGUAUCGGACUUGUUGUUUGUACUCACACUCCCCUUAAGGGUUUUUUACUUCAUACAGCAGAACUGGCCAUUUGGUAGCCUGCUCUGCCAGCUCUCUGUCUCACUCUUUUACACUAACAUGUACGGGAGCAUCCUGUUCCUCACGUGCAUCAGCGUGGACCGCUUCCUCGCCAUCGUAUACCCCUUCCGUUCGAGGGGGCUUCGAACCAAACGGAAUGCCAAGAUUGUAUGUGCUGCUGUUUGGGUUUUGGUGCUCUCCGGGAGUCUUCCAACGGGCUUCAUGCUUAACAGCACUAAUGUUCAGAACAACACCAUAUCUUGCUUUGAGAACUUCUCCUCAAAACAGUGGAAGAGCCAUCUGUCCAAGGUGGUGAUCUUCAUCGAGACGGUGGGGUUCCUGUUACCCCUGCUCCUAAAUGUGUUUUGCUCCGCUAUGGUGCUCCAAACUUUGCGGAGGCCACAGAGUGGCGGACAGGGAGGGAAGCUCAACAAGACAAAGAUCUUGCGGAUGAUCAUCGUCCACCUCUCCAUCUUCUGCUUUUGUUUCAUCCCCUACAACGUCAACCUGGUCUUCUACUCGCUGGUGCGGACAAAGACCUUGAAGGGGUGCACAGUGGAGUCUGUGGUCCGGAUGAUCUAUCCCAUUGCACUGUGCAUUGCUGUGUCCAACUGCUGUUUUGACCCCAUUGUCUACUACUUUACCUCAGAAACCAUACAAAACUCCAUCAAGAGGAAGUCCCAGAUGAGCCGUUCCUUUGAUGCUAAGUUCUCUGAGGCCUUGCAGUCAGAGACGAGCUCCACUCUUCAGUUCAGCCUGAGGUCCAUUAAGAAAAAGAUGUUCCACAAUGAGUCCAAUGUAUGAGAACUAGGAGAUGGAAGUAGUAUCGGACAAAUGGAUACUUGGCCCAAAUCCUAUCUUGUCCAAUUCUCAAAGUAAUUACAUAAACUGGAUAUAAGGAAAGUACUAUCCAAAAGGCACUCAAUGGUGAGUGAAAUGUGGCAUAAAACUUGUGGAAUAUGCCCUAAUUGGGUUUGUUAGUAUCUCCCAGAGCAUAAGUAAACUAUGCCCUUUUAGAGGGAUUUAGCUCCCACUUAAAGACAAACAUCAAGCCCAGCACUAGACGGCGCACCUGUUCUCAAUGGAAUUAUAUAUACAAACAUUUGGAUUUCUUACUGUGGAGUAAGAUUCAUGAAAAUAGAUCAACUGGAACUUGAUUAAAGUAGACCAGAACUUCUAACCAUAGGUGAAUGUACUUACAUUUCUAAAAUGGUAAGUGAAUGUGGAAAUAACAUACUAUAUUAUAACCACUAUUUAAUUAAACCCACAUUUAAAAUAGAUUUAUGCCCUGUAAAGCAUCUUUGCAAUGCCCAGUGACAACACAUUGACUGCCUGAAGUGUCAUAGUAUUAACAAGCUGAAAACUUUUGUUGGCACUUUAUAUCAUACUGUAUAUUAACAUUGCACUGACAUAGAUACUGUUGUCAUAAUGCACUGUUUAGUUUUCUGUUACAAAUUUCACUUGAAAAUAAAGUUUUGAAA